AUGGCUUCCAAGAAGAACACCGCAACUAAAGUCAAAGACAAGCUGUCCAAUUCCACCCUUGUUCAAUCAUCUCAAGAUGAAGCCCAAGCAGUUGAGACCAGUCCAGAGGUGAACGCGGGUGCCGAUCAGGAGAUGAAGACCACUUCAAACAUUUCAGAUUUGGGGACCGCGGUCACAAAUACGGAUACUGUGCGCAGUGGUUCGGAGUCGACGCUUGAUAUGAUAUCGCCAACUUCGGCUGCAUCUACGAAGCGGGAGCGUAAUCGACGCAAGAAGGAGAAUGCGAAGAAACGCAAAGCUGAAGAGUUGAAAAAUAAAGCUGACGAGGCCGAGGUCUUAGCAGGAAUGGGUACAAUGGCUUUGAACGAGAGGGUUCUAGGUGGCGCUGGAAACGGCAAUUGCCUACCGCGGCUCAAUUUCUCAAGCAAUGGCAGCUCUUCUAGCUCCUCACCAACUGAGUCAGAAGCAACUGAGCAGCAGACCCUUAAUAUGUUAAAUAACCAACCUGGCAGACUCUGGGAGGUCAAGCAAGCCGGCGGCAAGGGUCUUGGGGUCUUCGCAAUCCAACUCAUCAAGAAAGGUACCAUUAUCUUCCAGGAAGUCCCUCUGAUUCGCGGGGGCCAGGAUUGGUUGGACAAGCAAGCUGCAUUCAUGCUCCUACCUGAAGCUAAGAAACGAGACUUCAUGGCCCUACACAACCAAUGCAACUGCCACACAUCACCAUGCCAAGAAACAACACUUAUGAGAAUCUGGGACGUCAAUAGCUUUGAGUUGGCCAGUAUUGGGCCAGGAAACCUUGGUGUCUUCAAGGUCGCAUCGCGCAUCAAUCACGCUUGCUUUCCGAACGCUUUUCGCAGAUUUACGAAGGAUGGCAACAUUGUGAUUAUCUCCUCAGAAGACAUCAAGAAGGGAUGUGAGAUAACCCUCGACUAUAGUGGUGCCUGCGGAAGCUCGGUUGCAUCUAGGCGAGAGUUUCUCUUGGAAAGGUACGGCUUCUAUUGUCGCUGUAGGGGUUGUAUUGGCAAUAUUGUUGAACCAGUGGACGUUUUGCUGAAUUUCAUUGGAGAUAUCAAGAGGCCUGUUGAGGUUACAACAACGGAGAUUCUUGGCGAGAAAACUACGGAAGAGCUCGAUGCAUUGGCAGGAUUCAAGUCUUGGCAUCAAGACUUGGAAAAGUACAUUUCGCUCUUCAACGAUCAUGCAGCUUCAAUACUUCACGGCUCCUUUAUCCGCGGAAAUGACUCGAGAGAGGUGUUCAAGGACAGGUGCAGAUCGAUGGUUGGAGACUGGCUGAGAGCAAACAACAAUUUUGGCUUAAGCGAGGAUGUCAUUGAGAAGUAUUCCAUCCGAGAGUCGUUAAAGUACGAGAAGGCUGCGGAUGAUCUCUUCCACGAAUUGCAAGGGGAAGUUGAAGAGGCGGUCCCACCUGCAGCCCCAACUGCUGUCCGACCGGCAAUAGUGGUGGAAAAAGGAAUUGGCCAGUGAGUGGAGUUUACCUAUGACUUAUGAGGGAGGACUGGCAAUUGAUAGGGAGUGGACGUCUCAAGGAGGAUAAUUUCUGGAGAAGCGGCUUUGGUAGGACCCCUUUCUAGAAACGCGUUUUUCGAUUAGUACAUUGAAUUAAUUGCGCCAAAAUGCUUUGGAUACAGUUAGGCAGGAUGGUCAAUAAACUUGCUAAGGAAUGGCAAUGAAGUCUUUUUCUGGCUUGAGAGCAUCAGAAACGUGCUGUGUGACAUUUUAAACGAGCACAUAUGUGCAUUUCCAAACAAAUUCUACCAUCAAAAAGAACCCCCCUGAAGACCCAUGCAAAAUAUCCAAUUACCAAAACAGCAAAACUACAGGACCCUCGGUGAGUCCCGUCCCUUAGAAAAACCUUCUAAACUUGGAUUUUUGAAACCGCUCCACACUUAGAGUCGAGUUCUA